AAAUAUUUGCGGGGACCGUGUGUGAGCGAGACCAAAUAGCUAAGCAGCACAGAGAAAAAGAGGCGGUCGUUGCGAUAGAGCCUUUUUAGAGAUUCAGACAAAAACAAAUUUAAUUUACCCCAAAAAAAAAACAGGAAACCUGGAGAGGUUCAUCAUCUCGGUGAUGGAAGAAGGGCGGUGAUGACUGGCGAACCCCAAAAUAUCAAAGCCCAUAAAUACCUAGAAACUCGAUAAUGGUGCUUUGCAAUUGCAUCAUCCCUCCCUCCCUUCCUCUCACCUGAACCGCUUUCCCCUCACUCUCUCCUCCUUCCUCGGCUCCACUGAGCCAUGCCGACUUUCACUGUCAUAGCUUUAGAUAGGUUAUUAGAACCUGGAACUUCUUCCAAAUCCGUUGACAUGUCUUCUCUUCCGAAUUCCAAGCCUAUUUCAAAUUCAAUGCCGGUUCCUGAGUCCAAGCUGGAGAGAAGGAAAAGUACCUCAGUUGUGGAGAACAGGCUUCAUCGACCUCCAAUAAAGCCAGCCCUCUAUACUACUCCUGAGGCCACCCCACUCCCUGAUUCACCUACUUCCUUCCCUCCCUCGCCUUACAUCAUCAACCACAAGCGCCGAGGCCCUCGCCUUCUCAAGAGUUAUUCCGAGCAGGAUGUAUCCAUACACCAGAAGGCCGGAAAUGAAGAGAAACUCAAUGGGGAUGUCAACAAUGCAGAGCCCAAGUUGUCGAGUUCAACUGUGGAUGAUUCAGCUACUUUUACUUUUCCCAAGCCUGUUGAAGUGCAACAUUCGAAUGGCGUUCAUCAUUUUGAAAGCAGCAAUGGGAAGCUUGGGACAAGUAAUGGGAAACUUAGAAGCAGUAAUGUGGAACUGGGUGGUAGUAGUGAGCGUGAAGAUAGCUUCCAUGAGUCGAAAAAGAGAAGCAGUAAUGUGGAACUGGGUGGUAGUAGUGAGCGUGCAGAUAGCUUCCAUCAGUCGAAAAAGAGAAGCAGUAACGUGGAACUAAGUAAAGAUUCGGAUAGGGAUGAUGAUUUGUGGAAGCAACCUGCGAUGACUCCAGAAAGAGAUAGUGACCGUGAAGAUUUUUUUGAUCCAAAAGACUCCAUGAGUGUCUCAAGUUACACAGAUGGAGAGGUAAAUGCUGGGGCAGAGCGUUCUGCGCAGACAAGUACACCCAUGGGGGAGUUCUAUGAUGCUUGGGAUGAACUUUCAUCUGAGAGUGGGCAUGGGCAGCAGCUUUCCAUUUCUGAUGUUGAAGCUGAAUUACGUGAAAUGAGAUUGAGUCUUUUGAUGGAAAUAGAGAAGCGGAAGCAAGCAGAAGAAUCCUUGAAUAACUUGCGAAACCAGUGGCAGAGGAUUAGGCAACAUUUAUCUCUUGUAGGAUUGACACUCCCUGCAGAUCCCACUGCUGCAGCAGGGCAUGAGGAACUAGGUUCUGAUCCUGCAGAAGAGUUGUGCCAACAAGUUCAUCUUGCUAGGUUUGUAUCAAAUUCUAUUGGAAGGGGCAUAAUAAGGGCUGAGAUGGAGAUGGAGAUGGAAGCUCAGGUUGAGUCAAAGAACUUUGAGAUUGCUCGGUUGGUGGACAAACUCCGUAAUUAUGAGGCUAUGAAUCAGGAAAUGGUUCAGAGGAAUCAGGACGUUCUCGAGCUGGCACGGCGUGACAGGGAGAGAAGGGAAAGAAGACAGAGGUGGGUCUGGGGCUCGAUUGCUGCUGCUUUAACUCUUGGUACUGCAGCCUUGGCAUACUCUUAUAUCCCGUCUGGUAGGGGAUCGCCAAACUACGAUUCUGAGGUUCCUGAGAGUCAUAAUGCAGGCAAAUGAUAAUCACCUUAUGUAGCAACCUGACCCUAUGCCAUUUAACAAAAGGAGAGAAUAAAAGGUCUUUUAUACUCCACACCCUUUGUGGAUUACAUUCUCUUGCUCUUUUACCAGUUAGAGUUUCAUUUUAUCUGAGGAUGUACAGUUCUACAAAAAUAAUUCAAGUUUUGCCCGUCACUGGCAUUUGGGAAGGUUUAUAGAUCAUGAAUAGGAUCAGAAUUGUUUAAAGUCUACAUUUCAGCUUCAGGAUGUCUUGAAGCGUUUAUACGCCGUUUAUGCGCACGUAAUUUGCUGCCAUUUAAGUUUUGCUCUGAUUUACUUAUUUUUGUUAUGUGUAAGGUAUUUUGAAAAUUCA